GCGACAUCACUGUCAGUCGUUACCCCCUGCCAAAGGCUUGAGACCACCGGUUAUAUAUUCCAGCUUUACCAUUGGCAGAAUCAGGCAGUAUCAACGUUGUUCUGAUGGAGCCAUAAUACACAAAAUUUAAUUGAACGGUGACAUAAAACUAGUUGCCGUGAGUUUCAGAUCAUUCAGCAAAUCACAGUGGCGCGGAGUAAUCGUGAACCAAAAUGCUGAAUUGCAGUUUUUUUUCUUGGAAACAUCUAGUAUACAAAAGUACAUAGACUUAGCAUGUCAGAAGUGCUUACAUAUUAAUAUUUUAGAGAAUUGUUUAACAUAUUUGUUUACAUAAAGUAACUUCACGUAUAGCUGAACGCGACGUUCAUACUUCAAAAUCUUUGAUGACAUUUUACGUCAAACAUCGGCAUAACAGCUGAUCGCAGAAUAACCUAAAAAUAUUUUUAUGAAAGCUAAAUGUAAUAAUUAACAAUCAUGGAAAAGGCAAUGAGAUUUGCGAAGAUCGUUCGAAACAAUUGGAAAAAGUCAGUAUGCGGAGUGAUUGCUUUGUACUAUGGCGCUGCGACAGUUAAAGAAAGAUACGAAAUCAACUUGCUGAUGCGAGCGGCAUGCAAGGAGGCGAGUAAAUAUGGCGAUUACACAUUACCUAUUGAUCAGAAUCCUACCAUGGUAACUGUAAUACUCAAUCCAGUCGCAAAUAAGAGGAAAGCUAAACAGGACUAUGAGAAAUACUGUGAACCUCUUUUACAUUUAGCAGGGUUACAAGUGAGUGUAAUACAGACAGCAUCAGAAGGUAAUGCUAAGGAAAUUGUGGAGACUCUGAGAGGAACGGAAGCUAUUGUUGUGGCUGGAGGUGAUGGAACACUGUCAGAGACUAUAACAGGCUUACUACGAAGAAAUGACCAUGCAAACCAGUUCCCAAUCGGGGUACUCCCACUGGGGCGCACCAACACACUCGGAAACACUCUAUUUCCUAGUGGGAAAGGUGUGGAAAAAGUUAAGCAGCUAAUUAGUGCCUCCAUGGCUAUCAUCAAAGGAAACACCGUGUGGAAGGAUGCAAUGAAAAUAGAACCCAUAGAACAAAACCCUGAGUCACCAAACAAGCCUAUAUAUGCAAUGUGCUCCUUGGAGUGGGGGGCUUUCCGGGAUGCGUUCGCUAAGAGAGACAGGUACUGGAUGUACGGGUCGCUGCGAGACUACGCGUCCUUCAUCUUCAAUGGGUACAAGGACUCGCUCAACUGGCGCUGCAUAGCAGACCUUAAAUUUUCUCCUCCCUGUGCUGGCUGCAGUAACUGUUUAAAAAAGCGGCCCGAAAUUAAAAGAAAAUGGUCAUUUUUCAUGCCUUCCGUACCCCAAGUACAUGAUCAAGCUUUAGUCGAAAACCAGGCAUGCGAAACUAAGACGGAACUAUCCUUCAAAACGACUGACUUCAGAAUUCGAACACCGAAUGUAGAACAGGUCAACAGUGACCCGCCAGGCUUGUUAAUAACAAUAGGGAAAAAGGAUUACACAUAUAAGGAGUUUGUGUCCGAAGGUUGGGAUCGGGUGAAGCAGGAUAAAAUCUCAGACGCUCUGCAGGCGCGGUCAGUGGAAUUAAUACCAAAAAUCCCUGACAAGGAGACAGUUAUAGAGAUAGACAAGGAAGAGUAUGAAGCUAAGCCCAUUAGGAUAACACUGUUGCCGAAAGUAAUCCGAGUGUUCUGUGCACGCGACCAAUGAAUAAAUAGUUAUUGUUAGAA